GUCGAUUCUCUUGGGAGUACAUGUACACCGGUACGAUAAUGCUCUCCGGAGCACUGUCGUCCUCUGUACGCGUCCUAUCAGCAGGUGUAUGAUACAGGCUAACUGACAUGGUGUAUUGAAGUCAAUAGCUGAGGUCAGAAACAAUUAUGAGUUACAUUGUACGGGAUUGCCUCGGAUUUGCAUUGGUAAAAGGGAUCUACAUCUAUCUAUGUGACUGUCCCGCGAGCCGGCCAGUCAGACUGAGGCUCGGAGCGGCGGUAAGGCUGGAAGAAACAAGAACAGGGUACGCACUUUGAUCCAACAGUUGGAUCCGGAAGCAGUUGAUGGUUGAUGGGAUGCUUCCUUUUUUUGUUGAUGUCCGGACUGGGUAUCUUUGGAUCUUGGGGAUCUUCUUUGGAUCUUUGCCAUCACCCUUGAAAUAAAUUUCAAAAUCGACCCAUCACAUCGCCCAUAAUUUGAAACUAAAAGCUACACAUAUCAUAGUGUUAUCAAAAGUUGACGUCGUCUCUCAUUACAAAAUAAUCAUCUCAAAAUGGUGCGUUUCGCAGUUGCUCUUUCCUUGCUGUCGGCAACGACAACAGCCUUUAUUGUUCCAUCCAAGCCAUUGGCCUUCAAGAUUCCUGCCACGAGCUCUACCACGGCUCUUGCCAGCGGCUGUCCUUUUUCGGGAGGAGUCGUCCUUCCUGGAUAUCCACCUGUCAAAGUCCAAGAAGAAUACGCAGAUGCCUUGGACAAGAUCGAUUGGGAUGAAGUCAAGUCGGAUCUCAAGUCGCUCUUUUCCGAUUCCAAAGACUGGUGGCCGGCCGAUUAUGGUCAUUACGGUGGACUCUUUAUUCGCUUAGCAUGGCAUUGUACGGGAUCCUACCGCAUGAGCGAUGGCCGUGGUGGAUGCGACGGUGGCGCCCAACGCUUUGACCCCGAGCGAAGUUGGGAUGACAAUACCAAUCUCGACAAGGCGCGCAAGUUAUUGGAACCCAUCAAGCUCAAGCAUGGACUGGGUCUCAGUUGGGGUGACUUAUUCGUCUUGGCAGGAACCAUGUCCAUUGAAGAUAUGGGUGGACCCUACUUGGGAUUCUGUGGAGGAAGAAUCGACAUGGUGGACAAUGCUCAAACAAGAGCCUUGGGACCAUCGCCUGAACAAGAAGCCUUUGCCGAGUGUCCCGUUCAAGGAGAUUGUCCAGCACCGUUGGGCCAAAAUACAUUGGGAUUGAUUUACGUCAAUCCCGAAGGGCCCAUGGCCAAACCAGACCCUCAAGGUGCUGCCGAUACCAUUCGUGACGUGUUUGGGAGGAUGGACAUGGAUGACAGGGAAAAUGUCGCCUUGAUUGGCGGUGGCCACACCUUCGGCAAGGCUCACGGGGCCAGCAAGUCGUCUCCUGGCGACUACCCCUACGAAAAUCCUGCCAAUCCAUGGGACGGUCCAAAGGGAGAUGGAACUGUCACGUCGGGCUUUGAAGGUGCUUGGACGGCGGCACCCACACAAUGGGACAAUGCCUAUUUUAAGAAUCUCAUCGAUUACGAGUGGGAAUCACAUAUGGGACCCGGUGGACAUUACCAGUGGCGCAUCAAGGGCGGCAAGGGACCAAAGGCACCCAUGGCACAUGGCGAGGGCGACCAAGACCUGAUGAUGUUGACCACUGACAUUGGACUGGUGACAGAUCCGGAAUACAAAAAGUACGUGGAGGAAUUUGCCAAUGACCCGGAAGCCUUUGCCCAAGCCUUUGGCGAAGUUUGGUACAAGCUCGUCAAUCGUGAUAUGGGACCUGUGGCGCGUUGUGUUGGACCCGACGUGGCCCCAGCUCAAGCAUUCCAGUUCCCCUUGCCCGAAAAACCGAAGAAGCUGGCCAACAUGAACAAGGUUGCAAAAGAUAUCAAUGCCUUGCUGGAAGAUUCGUCUCCAGACGACUUUAUUCGUUUGGCCACGCAAUCGGCCAAUACCUAUCGUGCCACGGACUACCUAGGGGGGUGCAACGGUGCUCGCAUCCGCCAUUCUCCCGGCAAGGACUGGCCUGCUAAUGCGGGUUUGGACAAGACACUUGCUCAACUUGAAGGAAUCAAGGAGAGCCAUGGCGAUGGACUCUCCUGGGCUGAUUUGAUUGUCUUGGCAGGAAACAAGGCCGCGGAAAAACUGGGUGCUCCUGGUUUGCCCUUUUGUCCUGGAAGGACGGAUGCGCCCGAUGGUGAUGGAUGGAAGCCGGUGGAACACUUCAACAAGGAAUUGCCCGCGACUGUGAAGGAUGUUGUGGAUCGAUACCAAUUACGUGGCUUGUCGGCCAAGGAAUUUGUUGCUCUUCAAUUUCCUUCCUAUUCCAGCUCGGCGGCUCUCAAGGCGGCACUUGAAAGCAGUGACACUAGUGGUGAUGUGACGGCUGAAGCCCUUCAAUUCUAUCCUGAACUGCGUACUUGGGCUGAAUAUUACGUCGCGUCAGGUGACAAAGUGUACGGCAAUGAUUUUGCCUCGGCGUGGACGAACUUUAUGAACGCCGACCGCUUUGAUGGACCUCUUGGAAACGAGUGCGAAUUGGCUCCAUAGUUCUGUACUAUACCGGUACGGGAGCAGUAGACACGAAGGCAUACAAGAAAACAGCGCCAGUCACUCCAACAUUCACUGACACGGUAUGUAUUUCCUGCUAGCCAAGAGAAACCACAGGCUAUGCGAGUCUAAAGGCUACACAUACACAUUCACAGCAACAACGAAGGCACAGACAUGCUAUGCAUCCCUACUACGUAGCUACCUGGUAGCAUUCAUCAUAGUUAAUCAUUAGGGUACAGUAUCUUGUUAUCAGGAAUUACCGGCAAUAGCUAUGCAUAGGACAUCGAAGGACAUUGGGCAUAAGUUGCUAUCAAAAUCAAGGGGGGUACAUGUUAUCAAGUAGGGAGUCUCCUGGAGUACAGAUAGACGGUGCUGAUCGGUGGCUAGCCACUAGCUAGACAGGAGCAUUUACUGCUUACUAGAAUAACCAGGCCACUGACCCAUUGCUCCUGGCUAGAUGUCCCAACUCUGUUUCUACAUCAAUCCUCCGACUCCUUCUGGGCUUGCUUUUCCGCCUCGAGCAAUAUUGCCACAUUGUCAGAUAUCUCUGCAACCUCCUUGGCUCUAGCGGCAUCGUCGUCUGCUUUCUUUCUGUCCUUUCCAGUCUUCUCUUUCUCUGCCUCGUUCUCCUUCUUUUCCUGGUUGCCCUCACUCGUAGUUUCUUCUUUGAGUGCCGCUGUGGAUGCAGUCUUGACCUUUUUCUUUGGGGGUGGUGUGCUGGUGGCUUGUUCCUCCUCCUUUGACCUUUUGGCCCCGGCUUGACGCUUCUUGCCAGGAGACUUUUGGUCUGGCUCCUUGCCUUCCGCAUUGUUGUUCAUCAUGGGCAACACACGGACUCCAUGCUUGGCCGCAAAGGCCACAAUAUCUGGUUUAUCUUUGAGAGAUUCAUGCACCAGAGAUAGUUCUUCCGUUCUAAUUUGAGCAUGUUUCAAGGCCAAGUCACAGCAUUCGAUUUUGGUCUUGGCGGCAUCAAUCUUGCGGGUCAAGUGUUGGUUGAACCCUGAGCCCCCAAUUGGACGCUCUCGGUUGGUAAACUUGUAUUGAUCUGGAUCCAGUCGGAAGCAAUGGGCACACAUGCACUUGGUUUCCUUGUGGCAAAGGACAGUGAUAUGGUCUCCCACAUCCAGGAGAAUGGGCCACCUAUUCUUGUAGGCUUCGAGAAAUAACUCGUCACUCAGUUCUUCCAUCUUGAAGGGGCCGAGAUUGAGCUUUUUCAGGUUGUCUUUGCCCUUGGCAGCCUUCUUCUUGGGAGGCAUGGUUGGCUUGUACCGGUAGAUACCGUCUGUGGGGAGAUAUCAAUACUGUAUUCAGAAUAUGGUAAGACGACAACGAUAAUGGAAUACGGUAUGCAGUGCUUACGUUAUACAGUAGGAGCAGACACAAUGAUCUUAUAACGGCAAGGUAGCACUUGCUUGGAGAGAAGCAGGCUCCUCUUCAGGCCAAGUUAGCAGUGCAGGACGAUUGCAAGGUAUUUAGCGCCUUCUAGAUAGAAGGGGUUACAGAUGUUUCUGUGCCUUUGAUAGAUAACAAGGAGCAACAAGGUCGUACGAUACGCUCUCUGGUCUUCUUGCUGUCAGAAGAUACGGUAUUGCGUCAUGAGCGGGAACGCCAAGUCAUUAGCAUUCUGGGAUU